GCAUGUCCAUGUGACGUCGGAAUUUUCUGUGACGUCAUCAGCUGAUUUUUCCACUUUUUUUACAUUUUCCCGAUAAAUAAUAAGCGAAAAGUUAAUUUGCUGCGGGAUUUACGGAUUUGAUGAUUUUUCUCUUCAAACUGUGCCCUUGCCGUCUUUAAACUUCGUUUACCAGCGGAUGUCGGUUUGAAUCGGCAACCAGUCGGCCUCAUACAGUUGUGAACGCCAUUGUGAUCUCUAACGACUUUCGGUGCUUGCAUUAGUAAUCGUCGAAUCUCUGUACCAUCGCUUGUUUUCAAGCGUUUUUCUUCUCAAGGCAAAGAAAAUCAAAGCUAGAUCAUGGCUACUGAACUGGAUGCCCCAACGUUUAAGUGUGUGCUUGUUGGAGACGGUGGUACUGGAAAAACCACCUUUGUGAAACGGCACAUGACUGGAGAAUUCGAGAAAAAGUACGUUGCCACCCUGGGGGUGGAAGUGCAUCCUUUGGUGUUCCACACCAAUAGAGGCCCCAUUCGGUUCAAUGUCUGGGACACAGCCGGCCAAGAGAAAUUCGGAGGACUGCGAGAUGGCUACUACAUUCAGGGCCAAUGUGCCAUUAUCAUGUUUGAUGUCACCUCUCGAGUAACCUACAAAAAUGUCCCCAACUGGCACAGGGAUUUGGUCAGAGUCUGUGAAAACAUUCCAAUUGUGCUUUGUGGCAACAAAGUCGACAUUAAGGACCGGAAAGUUAAGGCCAAAAGCAUCGUGUUUCACAGGAAAAAGAACCUACAGUAUUACGACAUAUCCGCUAAGUCCAACUACAAUUUUGAAAAGCCUUUCUUGUGGCUAGCCAGAAAAUUGAUUGGAGACCCCAAUUUGGAAUUCGUCGCUAUGCCCGCCCUCGUGCCCCCAGAGAUCCAAAUGGAUCCCCAAUGGCAGCAGCAAAUCGAAAAGGACCUCGUUGAGGCCCAAAACACCGCCUUACCUGACGACGAUGAAGAUCUUUAAAUUAACACUGUUGUAUGUAAAUAACGUUUAUAAAGACUUGCUAAGUAGUCCAUUUAAAGUAAUUGUUUAAUCCGGAUUCAAUGGCUAUCCAGAUAUACGGCUCGAUUUGUUACUCUCCAGCUACCCUUGGGUGAUGUUUUCUUUUUAAUUUUGAUAAUAAAACGUUAAUAUUUUUCUAUCCAACCGUCUUGUUUUGGAAAUGGUUAAGUCUGAUUGGCUCUGCAAAGCCACAUUGAAAAUAUAACUAAUUAGGUGUUUAAACUUAUAGCUCUUUAUAAUCUAGGUAUGCAUGUUUUUAUUUUUGUCAUACUCGCAUAAUAUAAUAAACGUAUUUUUUGUCA